CGGAAGAGCCAAGACCAUAAAUGCGGAAGGCCACCCAACGUCUUCUUACCUUGCCGCGCGACUGCUUUCUUGUGGUGAUCACGGCUUCAUUCUUUGAUUUGACAUCAGAGUGAGGAUGAAGGAUACGAUGCCAGCCGGUGAUACAAUCAACCAGUCCCCCUCUGAGUCUCAGCUCAGAGAGGGCUCAUACGACAUGAAGUACUACGAAGAUGUAUCGCUAGACGAGAAGAGGGGUAUCCAGCCGCGACCAGAUGCGCCGACCGACGAAGACUUGCAGACUCUGAGGAGAGUUUCGGACCACAUUCCCUUCAAGCUCUUCACCAUCGCCUUUGUCGAGCUGUGUGAACGCUUCUCGUAUUAUGGCUCCGUCAUCGUCGUGAUUACUAACUUCAUUCAACAACCCCUCCCGGCGGGCUCGACGACCGGCGCGGCGCCGAAUGGCCAACCUGGUGCCCUUGGAAUGGGCCAGCAGGCGUCAACAGGUAUCACGACCUUUAACCAGUUCUGGCAGUACUUUAUGCCCUUAUUUGGCGCCUGGGUUGCCGAUAAGUACUGGGGCCGAUAUAAGACCAUCUGUAUUUCCAUCGCUGUCGACCUCGUAGGCCACUUGAUCCUCAUUUCCGCCGCUAUCCCACCCGUAAUCACUAAGCCAGCCGGGAACUCUCUAUCGGCGCUUCUUGUUGGUAUGAUAACGAUCGGCUUUGCCACAGGAGGAUUCAAACCCAACGUCAGUCCAUUGAUUGCGGAGCAACUCGAGAUCGAUCACUUAACCGUGAGGACGCUCCCAACGGGGGAGAAAGUCAUCGUCGAUCCCGCCAUCACCAUCAACAGAGUUUACAAUUGGUUCUAUAUGUUCAUCAACAUUGGCGCCCUGGUCGGCCAGAUCUCCAUGGUCUACGCCGAGAAGUACGUUGGUUUCUGGUUGAGCUUCACAUUGCCGACCUGCAUGCUGGCGCUAUGCCCCCUAGUCAUGUGGUGGGGAAAGGGUAGAUAUCGCGAUCAGCCCCCGACGGGCUCGGUUCUGGGACCUGCUCUGCGGACGUUUCUCUUUGCUCAAAAAGGCAGAUGGUCGAUCAACCCCGUCAAGACUUGGAGGAACAUGCACGAUGGGACCUUUUGGGAGAGGGUCAAGCCUUCGAACUUCUCUGAUGCGACUCGGCCAAAGUGGAUGACCUUUGACGACGCCUGGGUCGAGGAGCUGCGUCGUGGCUUCGCAGCUUGUGCCGUCUUCUCAUGGUAUCCCAUAUACUGGCUCUCUUACAACCAAUUGAAUAACAACUUAGUCUCCCAAGCCGCCACGAUGCAGCUCAACGGCCUCCCUAACGACAUCCUCUCUAACCUCGACCCCAUAGCCCUCAUCCUCUUCAUCCCGCUCUGCGACCUCGUCCUGUACCCAACUCUCCGCAAGCUGAGGAUUCCUUUCACGCCCAUCAAGAAGAUCGCCUUCGGCUUCUUCACUGGUGCUAUGGCCAUGGUCUGGGCUUGUGUACUACAGUACUACAUCUACAAGCGCUCCGCCUGUGGCCAAUUCGCCUCGGGCACCUUACCCAACGGCGAUCCUUGUCCGCCGGUAGAUAUCCUCGUCUGGGCCCAGACGGGGGCCUACGUGCUCAUAGCCCUGUCCGAGAUCUUUGCCAGCAUUACGAGCCUUGAGUACGCCUUCAGCAAGGCGCCCAAGAACAUGCGUUCCAUGGUCCAGGCCGUGGCGCUCUUCAUGUCGGCCAUCUCGGCGGCGCUGGGACAGGCUUUCACGCCGUUGAGCACCGACCCGUACCUGGUGUGGAACUAUGGCAUCGUGGCCGUGCUGGCUGGCGUUGCGGGUGUUAUUUUCUGGUUCCAGUUCAGGGAUUUGGAUAAGGAGGAAGAUGCGAUGAAUGAGUUGCCUGAAGGUCGUGUUGGGCAGAAUGCUGCUGCUACUGAGAUGUCACGGAUGGAUAAAAGUGGAAAGACGAACUGA